AUGACCUGUGGUGGUUACACAGCACUUUUACUUGGUGGAUCUCAUCCUCGACCACAGGACGGCAUCGUCACCCGAGACAUCUAUGGAUCAUAUGGCUAUGUGAUCAACAGCAGCCAAUGUAAUUCCUACAGAUCAAACCCAAUCCAAGUCAAAGCCUGUCCAGGAAAUUACUACAUCUACAGACUCGUCAAGCCAGCUGUAUCAAUUCCAAUGCCCACAUACUGUGCAGUUGCUUUGGACUCUCCCAACUAUGAUCCCUGCAAUAUCUACACUGUGCUGGAUCAACCCUGGAGAGCCACUAAUGCAGCUGGAGGAUCCUACUGUGACAACAGCUUCAACUGGAAUGGCUGGUAUCGGCUGCUGUAUAAUGGGAUGAACAUCCGUAUGCCAGAGAGCUGUGCUAAUCGAUCCAGAUGUGGUACUGAUGUCGCUCUGUGGCUGAAUGGAUCUCACCCUCAGAUAGAGGAUGGAAUAGUCACUCGUGGAGUCUGUGGGAGGUCAGGAAGUGACUGUUGUUACUACAGAUCCACCCCAAUUCGAGUCAAAGCAUGUCCAGGAAACUAUACCGUCUAUGAGUUUGUCAGGCCAACAUUAUUCUGCAAUGCUGUGCAGGCUGCUUACUGUGCAGAUGUGAACACCAUCACACCAGUCAUUACCACAACAACUGCGGCCAUUAGCACUCAACUGACCACCACUCCAAAUGUGAGCACCAUCAUGCCAGUCUCUACCACAACUCCGGCCAUUAGCACUGAACUGACCACCUCUCCAAAUGUGAGCACCAUCAUGCCAGUCUCUACCACAUCUCUGAUCAUUAGCACUGAACUGACCACCACUCCAAGCAUAACUACUGUAAGUCCUGCUGCUGAAACAACAGAUGUGAGCAGCAUUACAUCAGGCUCAACCACACCUGAGGUCAUUAGCACUAGACUGACCCUAACUCCAUACAUGAGCACCUUGCCGGUCUCUACAACAACACCAAGUGUUAGCACUGAACUGACCACGACUCCAAAUGUGAGCACCAUUACAUCAGGCUCAACCACACCUGAGGUCAUUAGCACUAGACUGACCCUAACUCCAUGGACAACUGGGCAAACUUCUGCAGCAGAGACAACAGAUCUGAGAACUACACCAGUCACUGUGACAGCAGCGACCACAAGCGCUGAACGGACCACCACUCCAAUGACAUCUGCAACUACUUCUGCUGAGACUACAGACAUGAGCACCAUGCCAGUCUCUACAACAACACCAACCGUUAGCACUGAACUGACCAUGACUCCAAGGGCAUCUACUGCAGUUUCAUCUGCUGAGACAACAGAAGUGAGCACCUCGCCAGGCUCUACAACAGCUACCAUCACAACUGGACUGACCACGACUCCAAAUGUGCGCACCACACCAGUCUCUACAACAACUCUGACCAUUAGCACUGAACUGACCACGACUCCAACCACACCAGUCCCUGCAACAACAGCAUCCACUAGCACUAAACUGACUACCACUCCAAAUGUGAGCAUCACGUCAUUCUCUACAACAACAUCGGCCAUUACCACUGAACUGACCACAACUCCAAGGGCAGCUACUUCUGCUGAGACAACAGGCCCUGAUGACAGCAGCGAGCGCCGGGAACAAGGCGGGGCACGAACUCCAAGCCCAGACAAAACCCUGCGAAGAGAGCAAGAAGGGGAUGAAAUCCAUAAGGGAGUGGGGGACGGUGCAAGUAUCGAGCCCCACCUCCUGGGCACUGCCCUGGUCCUGCAGUGA